AUGCGUAAUGAUCGUCAACAGACGAUAUUGCAUGUUAUUGUAUUGCGUUCAUAUGCAUACGUUUGGGUUCGCCUAUUGUUGAUGCGUGAAUGCGAUCUAUCUGCUCAAGAUGUGGACGGGUAUACUGUCCUUCAUUACGUAUGUGAACGAGAUGACGUAGAAAUGUUGAAAGCUUUAACAGUUAAAAUUCAUUCAACAGUGCAAUAUUUGAAUCAGAAACAAUUGGAAAAAAUCGAUAAAAAUUGUCAGAAAGCAUUUCGAACGUCGAAUAAAUAUGGUAUUACUCCUUUUAUGCUGGCAUGUUUUAAAGAUGCCAAGAAAUGUAUACAAUACUUUUAUGAACAACAUCAAGAAAUUUGUUAUGAACAAGUUAAUCAACAGGAUCGUUUUGGUGAUGUUUGUUUACAUUAUGCCGUAGCUAGAAACAAUAUUAAACUAGCAGAAUUCCUUUUCAAUCAGUGCUGUGCGAAUGUCAAUGGGGGUAAUAGUGAUGAUACUCGACUUCGUCCAAGUCCGUUAGACAUUGCCUUAUUUAACAAAAAUCAAUGUAUAACUGAUUUAUUGAAACAAUUCAAUGCUACAACAAAACUCAGAUUACAACGAAAUACAAACAACUACGAAAGUACGGAAAAAGCAACUAGUACUCUCUAA